AUGACGAAUGAAUUUAAUGAACAUAUUGAAAAAUUUAUUAAUUCAUUGACUGAAAAGCCAGUAGAAAUUUAUUAUCAAGGUUUUGAUUUUUCCAAUGUUAGCGAUAGUCGAACACAAUUAACAAAAUUCAAUUAUGAUAAAAGCAAAGUAUCAUUUCUUAAUCUUGAAAUGAUUGCAGACAUGUUUCAAGUAUUUACUGCUGUUCAUAGUGCUGUGGAAGAAAAUUCAUCAAAAGAUUUUUGUAUUAAAGUACCACAUCGAUUGUCAAAUACAAAAUCGGUUGGUGAUGCAUUACGCAUUUUUGGUGGGUAUGGUAAACCAUAUAUAGUUGUUGUUUCAAUACAUGAUCGAUCACAAAGCGAAGAAUUAUUUGAAAACAUUAGUAAAAUUGAAAAUGUAACAAAAAUGACCAAUGAACAAAUGCAACAAUGUAUGAAUAAUAAUUUCGAAAAUAUUCGAGGAUAUUAUUUUGGAACGGCUAGUGAUCAAGAGCAAGCUACUUAUGAAAAUCCCAUUGGUGAAAUUGUUACUAAAAUGAAUGAUAGUCAAAGAAAAAGUACGAAAAGAACAACACCAAAUAUUGAACAAACUCGAAAUAGAUCUGAUCAACGGCAAGUCAUUGAUCUAGAUGAAAUUAUUGAAAACUGGGUUUGGAAUAUGUGGAAUAGAACAAAAACAAAAUUAUUAUCUCAUUAUAAACGUGAAGAAUUGAUUGUAAUAAUAAAUUGGAAACAUGUUACAUUCAUACAAAGUAAUACACAUUUUUAUGGUUCACCACCUGUACGUUUACCAAAAUCACAAAUACUUUUUCGAACAAAUUUUAAUAAUAACACACAUAAUGAACAUUCUUAUAAAUUUCAAACAGAACGUUUUACACGUUCAAUAUUUGAAUUUAAAUUUACACAGAGUCUUACAAAAUCACAGGAAUCAUCUAUUAUAUUUCGUUUACCAGAAGAAAUUGUUGAAUUAGGUGGAGGUAUCAAACGUGAACAAUCUAUAGAAUUUGGACAAGAUACUAUAAAAGAAUACAAUAUGCGUUGGAGUGUCAAUACUCAUGUACGUGUUGCACCUUAUACACGUACAUAUGCUGAAUUAAAUAUUGAUGAAGAAGAAUUUAAUGGUGAUUUUACUGUAUCUCUUCGAUUUUGUGGUCGUAUUACAGCAACAAUAGCAACUCGUCAAUCACCAAAUACAUAUUUAAAAUUCAUUGAUGGUGAUAUUGUUCAAAUUAUUCGUGAAACUAUAGAAAAUGAUAAUUCAUUAAAUAGUUUUGAAAUUUUUGAAGAAACUCCACCUGUAGUACAAUUUACAAUGCAUGGUAAAUGUUCAUUUCGAUAUGGUAUUCAACAACAUGUUAUACUUAGUCAAGAAUCAUUAGAAUCAUCAUCUUCUUUUCUUAAUCAAAAUUAUAUUUCAUCAAUUCGUUCUAAUUAUCGACCACUUCGAACACAGUUAGCAUCACCAAAUAGUCCUCUUCAUUUACACAUUGACGAUGAUGAACAAUUAUGA